CAGUUUCUUUGGACGGAAAUUUCCCUGGGAAGAUUUAUACUUUCCCUGGGAAAUUUUGCGCCUAUCGAGCAAUCCGAGGGAAGGCCAUGACAUUGGAUGAUUGGAGAUAAGAGAAACUGAAACUGCCUGAGGAUUAUACCCCACUUGCCCAUUUGCUUUAUCUUUCGAACGUACGAUUCAUCCGUCGCUUUCUGGCAAAAGUUUUCUUCUAAUGGCAGCGUUCCAAUUCCAAAAGCUUAAAAGAGCAAGAAGCAAGCAAUGACGAGCGUAUACCCACAUUCGCAUUCUAUUCCAUUCCUUCAGAAUUCUUAUCACUAGAAUUUCACAGUCCUUUUCGAUUUCACGGAAGCUGCUGGUUUUGCAAUGAAGAACCCGCGGGAGGAGAAGCUUCAGAAGCUUCAAUGCUCCGUCCAGAACUACAACUGGGGUCGAUUGGGUCGAGACUCUCAAGUUGCUAGGCUCUUCGCUUUGAAUUCUGGGUCACGAUUCGAACCUGAUAAGCCGUACGCCGAAUUAUGGAUGGGUACCCACGAUUCAGGGCCUUCGUUCCUGGUUGCCAACCACAAUAACGGUGUCGUAGAUGGUUCAGAGGAUGUGACUCUUAAGUCGUGGUUGUCAAGGAAUCCAAAUGUGCUAGGGGAGAAGGUUUUGAAGAAGUGGGGUUGUGAUCUACCUUUCUUGUUCAAGGUACUCUCAGUGUCAAAGGCGCUAUCAAUACAGGCUCACCCAGACAAGGAGCUGGCCUGGACUUUGCACAAGUUGCGGCCUGAUGUUUAUAAAGAUGGAAAUCACAAACCUGAGAUGGCUCUGGCAAUGACCGACUUCCAGGCCCUGUGUGGGUUUAUCACUCUUAAGGAGCUAAAGGCUGUGCUUCAUACUGUUCCUGAGGUUGUGGAAUUAGUUGGCACUGCAGGUGCAAGCUUGGUCUUAAAAGUUAGUGAUCAGGACGGUGAAGGGAAAAUAAAAGCGGUUUUACAGGAAGCUUUCACCAAACUCAUGUCAGAGAGUAAAGAGAAAGUGACUGAAGCAGUAAAUAGACUGAAAAGUCGGCUGCAUAAGGAAAUUCAGGUGAGGCAGUUGACAGAUAAGGAGAAGCUGGUUCUGCAGUUGGAAAGGCAGUACCCAGCUGAUGUUGGUGUCAUGGCAGUCUUCUUUCUUAACCAUGUUAAACUCAAUCCUGGUGAAGCAUUAUACCUUGGGGCAAAUGAACCACAUGCCUAUUUGUGUGGUGAGUGCGUUGAAUGCAUGGCAACUUCAGACAAUGUCGUGCGUGCUGGCCUUACCCCAAAGCACAUUGAUGUUAGCACUCUGUGCUCCAUGCUCACUUACAAACAGGGUUCUCCUGAGAUUCUGCAAGGAGUUGCUCUAAAUCCAUACGUGACGAGGUACAUCCCACCAUUUGACGAGUUUGAGGUUGAUUGCUGUAUUCUUCCUAAAGGGGAAACAGUGACCUUCCCUACAGUUCCAGGUCCUUCCAUCUUUUUGGUUGUGACAGGGGAAGGACUGAUGAGUGCUGGCUCACUCGAGGGGCAAGUAGUCACCGAAGGGAAUGUUCUCUUUGCCGCCGCCAACUCAGAGAUUCGAAUUACCAGUGCAUCCAAAUUGCAUCUGUAUAGGACUGGUGUUAACAGCAGAUUUUUACAAGCUUCAUAAGUUGCAAUGCAUGGCCGUAUAGUUUUUGUCUGGGGAACUGGUAAAGCUUGCCUCAUGCUUUAUGCAGUCUGUGUGGUAAUAGUGAAUUUGGAUUAUAGUACUAUUAGUUGCAGUUUGGUGUAUAUUCAAGGGCAAUGAGAUCAUAGUAUAUUGAGUGACAAGUUCGUUAUAGAGAGAAGGAUAGGUGGGUUUUUUUUUUUUUUGGGUCCUCUUUUAGAUGUUUUCGGUUUUGUUUCCCGCUCAAAUUUGUUUCUUGUUUAUAAAAGUGUACUUGAUAUGCCUUUUCUAUGUAACGUGGUCAGUAAAAUAAAGAUUUACCCUUAUGCA